AUGUUGACGGUACCAAAAUCGAAAUGCAAGCAAUGUCUUAAGCCCAUUCAUUCCACAAGAAAUAAAAUAGGGCUCUGUCAAGACUGUAGGAAAAUACCAACGGAGAACCCGCAAGCCUUCAGUUUUGAAGAAGGUUCUGAGCAAGCUUUAGGCACGCAAGGUCAAACUGUUAGUCAAAGAAAAAGAUCACAUCAUUUUGUACAUUCUGUGGACUGUCAACCAUUCAGCUUGGAAGUAUUUGAUCGCGAUAAACGUACAAAGCUUUCAACAACAUUUGCUUUGAUGACAAACGAUUCUGCCCUUAGUCUUACUUCUUUGAUUGAUUUCCAAAAUAAUAUCACGUCUGGUAUUUUUGACGGAAGGGUUUCUUUCUCAUCAAAUGAUACGAUCGAACCAGUGUUAAAAGACAGUGCUUGUAUCUCUGCCAAGCUCGAAAUGACUGUACGCGCCUCUACUGUUCCAAAACUCUUGCAGGAGCUAGGGCCAUAUCAAGAAAUUGAUGCGACGGUACUAGACUUACUAAACUACGAUUUCCGGCUCAGAUCUGAAUUGAUUGAAUUAAUACCACCAUUAUUCUGCGGUGCGUUGCUUCACGAUAGCAUCACUUUACUUAUUAUUACGUGCGAAGUGUACAGCCGUCACUCUUCGGUUGAUAUACACUCCGAGUCAACUGAAUUCUCUGUUCCCGGCGAAUCCUCCAGAUACAAGAAUCGCAUGUCCUGUACUACAUAUGAAAAAUCGGAUGGUGGUGCUACGAAACUGAAGCUUAUCAUUGGAACGAAGACCGUCAACCUUUUGAUUACUUGCUCUGCUGAAAUAUCAACUGAACCUAAAAUCAACAUUGGACCUGGUGUAGAGUUUGGUCAUGGUUCAAUCACGGACUCAAAUUGCAAAAUCUACUUGAUGAAAUCAAAAGUUGAAGAAUUUUUGAAAAUGUUCGAGACCUUCAAAUUAAAUCCUUUACACGUCAAUAUAUCAAAUUUGAGACAAAUUACAUCGAGUUUCAGCAAAUGCUCAUCUUAUUUACUAUGGAGAUCUACGUUGCAAGAAUUUGACAGUAGUAUCUACUCGCCGGCAACAGUGUUCACUCUUUGUGACUUACCGAACAAAGAUGGGUAUGGCGUUGGAGCAACAUCUGGUGCUAAACUUGGUUCUCAAAUAUUACAAAUACUUGCAAAAGCGAUAUUAGUCAACAAAGGUGUCAUCCAGCCCAGUGAUUUCUAUAACGUUUUAUUGGAGUAUGAGAGUAUAAUGAAACAAAAAUGCGAUGUAAAAGAGUGGUUCUCGAUCAUUAAAGUAUUGGAUGGAAUAACUGCAAGUCUAAUUUCUAGUGAAUUGAGCGUACCCUCCUUCUGCAACAACAAUGGUGGAUCAGUCAGUGAAGUCGCCAAUAAAUUAAGCAGCUCAAUUUCCACAGCGAAUAAUAUGAUUGCAAAAAAUGUCAAGAAGUUAUUACAAUUAUACCAGUAG